AUGGCAUCCACCACAUUGCGCAAGAAAGAAAUCUUAACAGACAUCCUAGUAAGACUACCUGCAAAAACCCUUGUUCGAUUUCUGUGUGCAUGCAAGUCAUGGAGUGAUUUGAUUAACAGCUCGAGUUUUAUCACCACACAGCUUAACAGGAAUGUCACCAAACACCUCCAUGUCUCUCUACUUUGCCUCCACUACCCCGAUCUCAAACGUCCUUUCGAGUUCUACGAAAACUACGAGGACUACCCAGAUCUUAAACGAGAAUUGGAAUGGUCACUUUUCUCCAACGAAACAUUUGAGCAUUGCUCCAAGUUAAACCAUCCCUUGGGGAUCAAGAAAGAUUAUAGGGUAUAUGGCUCAAGCAAUGGCCUAGUUUGCAUUUCGGAUGACAAAUUGGACACCAAGAGCCCUAUACACAUAUGGAACCCCUCGGUUAGGAAAUUUAGAACCCUUCCAAUGAGCACCAACGUUAAAUUUCGCUACAUUGCUCUCCAAUUCGGGUUCCACCCCGGGGUUAACGACUACAAGGUUGUAAGGAUGUUGCGCGUCCACAAAGAUGAUGCUUUCGCAGUCGAAGUUUAUAGUCUCAGCAGAGACUCUUGGAAGAUGGUUGAAGAACAUCCUCUUUGGUUAAAAUGCACUUGGCAGAACCACAGGGGUACAUUUUAUAAUGGAGUAGCAUACCACAUUAUUGAGAAAUUUCCUCUAUUCAGCGUUAUGUCAUUCGAUUCGGGCAGCGAAAAAUUCGAAGAGUUCAUAGCACCGGAUGCCAUUAGAUAUUGGUCGCUGCUGUAUAUUGAGGUUUACAAGGAUCAAAUUUGCUUGCUUUAUUAUUUGAGAUUGUUUCAUUGUGAGGAAGAAGGCAUGUCACAAAUUGAGUUUUGGGUUCUGCAAGAAAAAACGAUGGAAAGAAAUGCGUCCUUUUCUUAUCCUUUCAACUACUACAAUGUAGUUGGGUUCAGUAUAGAUAAUGAACUAUUAAUGGAGAGAAGUGGUUAUGGCAAUGCUCUGUAUUUGUGCAACUAUGAAUCCAAGCAAGGUCGUGAGACAGGGAUUGAGUUGGCCAUCUCGAGAAAUGACCCUGAGCAGCUCUUGUUUGUAUUUACCUACAUAGAAAGUUUGAUUUUACUCAAUUGUUAA